AUACGCGGGUUAAUUUGAUAACAUUCGACACAAGCUGGGCACCAACAUCCUACGAGUGUAAUACUCUUAUAAUGCUCGUGAUAUGGAACAAAGACAUUUCAGCAUCAGCAUCAGAAAUGGUUUCUAAAAUGAAUAUACAGUUGAGAAGUGGGGAUGUAGCGUCAAGCAAGACAUUAAGCUUUGCUGAUGUGGAAGUCCGAGUAAGCUAAAACUAAAAAAGAAGCUAUCAGUACUUUUAAUAUUUAAGAUUCCAAUAAUUUUGUUCAUUUGCCAUUUUUAAAUACUCUUUUCAUAUUCUUGUGCUCACGUGCGUUAUGCAAGAAUUCAUGCUUCUUCAAAUUCUGAUUGGUUUUUCUUUCUUGGCAACGGCAAUUUCGAAGCCGGAAAAUGAUCACAAGUCGCGAGUUAUUAAUAAGGAACCAAACAAUGAAGAACAUUAUGUCAAUUCUCAACAUAAUCCUGCCUAUGAUCAUGAAGUUUUUUUAGGUGAAGAAGCAAAAACUUUUGAUCAGCUUACUCCUGAAGAAAGUACAAGAAGAUUAGGAAUAAUAGUUGAUAAAAUAGAUAAAGAUAAUGAUGGCUAUGUUACUGGAGAAGAACUUAAAGAUUGGAUAUUAUAUUCUCAACGGCGUUACAUACGGAACAAUAUUGAACAUCAAUGGAAAUCUCAUAAUCCUGAAGAAAAAGAGAAACUUCCAUGGACAGAAUACUUAGCAAUGGUUUAUGGAGAUAUGGAUGAACAGGAAGCAGAGAAUCAUGAAAAAUCUAAAGAUAAUACUUUUUCAUAUGCUGCUAUGCUUAAAAAAGAUCGCAGACGUUGGACAGCUGCAGAUUUAGAUGGUGAUGAUGCUCUUACAAAAGAAGAGUUUGCUGCUUUCCUUCAUGUAGAGGAAGCUGAUCAUACAAAGGAUAUUGUAGUAUUAGAAACCAUGGAAGAUAUUGAUAAAGAUGGUGAUGGCAAAAUAUCUCUUUCAGAAUAUAUUGGUGAUGUAUAUGAUGGGGCAGAAGGUGAAGAAGAACCAGAGUGGGUAAAAAAUGAAAAAGAGCAAUUUUCUAUGUAUCGUGAUAAAGAUGGUGAUGGUUUCUUAGAUUUGGAAGAGGUUAAAACGUGGAUUAUUCCAGCUGAUUUUGAUCAUGCAGAGGCAGAAUCUCGUCAUCUUAUAUUUGAAGCAGAUACAGAUGCAGAUCAAAAACUUACUAAAGAUGAAAUAUUGAAAAAAUACGAUAUUUUUGUUGGUUCUCAAGCAACUGAUUUCGGUGAAGCAUUAACCAGACAUGAUGAAUUCUAAUAUCGUACAUAAUUUUCAAAUAAUACUCUUAGAAAUAAACAAAAUAAGAUAAUUGAAACAUGAAGAACAUUUAUAAAGCAUUUAUUAGAGAUAUUUAUCUUUACUAAUAGAUUAAGAAUCAGAAAUGGCUAAUUUUUACUUACCUCAUUGUAAACAAAAAAAUCAUUACAUGAAAAUGUAAAUAUAUAUUAAUCAUUGUAAUAAAUUUCAAAUAUUUUAAA